CUAGAAAGAUCAACGGAAAUCGGCAAACUUCUGAGUUCCUACUUGGAAAAGAAAAGUGACGUGGAGGAUCACGCGGUGCACCUGCUUUUUUCUGCAAAUCGCUGGGAACAAGUGCCCUUAAUUAAGGAAAAGUUGAGCCAGGGUGUGACCCUCAUCGUGGACAGAUAUGCAUUUUCUGGUGUGGCCUUCACUGGUGCCAAGGAGAAUUUUUCCCUAGAUUGGUGUAAACAGCCAGACGUGGGCCUUCCCAAACCCGACCUGGUCCUGUUCCUCCAGUUACAGUUGGCAGAUGCUGCCAAGCGGGGAGCGUAUGGCCAUGAGCGCUACGAGAACAGGGCUUUCCAGGAGCGGGCCCUCCGGUGUUUCUACCAGCUCAUGAGAGACACGACUUUGAACUGGAAGAUGGUGGAUGCUUCCAAAAGCAUUGAAGCUGUCCACGAGGACAUCUGUGCGCUCUCUGAGGACGCCAUCCGCACUGCCACAGAGAAGCCACUGGGGGAGCUGUGGAAGUGACCCGAGGCUGCCCACUGGAGACGCCUCUCCCUGUAGUCCCUCGAGAGGUGGGAGACCCGCGGAAGGCCCCGUCUCCAGCGGUAUCCAGAUCCCACGACUUCAGGAGCUCUUUCCCGGCAGCAGAGAUCUGCAGGCUGCCUCUUCUGCCCCGGGCGGGGGUGUGGUGGGGACCUUGGCAGUAUAGACAUGAGCAGAGUGAUGGAGCAGUCUCCUGCCCUCUCGCUGCCAUCAGUGUCCUGAUGGUACUCUGUUGUUUUUUUUACUGAAGUUCAGUGAUAACUCUGAGUAGUUUCAUUGUGAUCACUGUAAACGGUAAUCAGUUGGAAUUCUCCUAAAUGUCUUCUAGACACUAGUAAAAAUUGACCUGAAAAUUG